UGCGCGAGCCGGCCAGCUCGGCUCGGCGCACCCCUCGCGGACGACCGGAGACCGUCGUCGGACGAGGACCCAAGGAGGUACCCACCCCGAGGUCCGCCGAACAGCCAGGGAGGUCGAAAAGACACCGGACCAAGGGAUGGAGCCCUUCACUGGAGCGGUGGUACCCUGAGGUAAUUAUGAAACAUAUGCCGCUCGAUGACACUCAGAGGUAUGCCCAGGUAAAGAGGAAGAGCGUGACCUUCUUGACCGGACUCUUCAAGGCGAAGAAAUUGGCCUUAGGCAUGAAGCUCGAGGACGAGGAGGUGGACCGACCGCCGAGGGUGGAAAAUCCAGCGGUCAUUUCAACGUGUCGUCGGAACGAGCAGGACUCCAUGGUGUCUAGAAUCCCAUCGACGCUGAGCGUCACUGCCGUCGACGUCGUCGUCGCCUGUCAGCCAUCGCCGUCGCACUCGAUCCUGACCUUAACCCCCGGGAGGACCAGGAACAUCGACCAGGACAUGGAAGCCCUGCGUCUCAGCCGACAGGAUAAUCCCUUCCUCCAGGUUCUGGCCAGUCGAGAGAGCCUGGUCGAGUCGAUCGAGGAGUCCGAGUCCGACGUCGCGAUCCUGAUGUCCCACGAACUCGGCGAAGCGGACCCCCUGACCCUGGCGCAGGUGCACGAGCACCUCGUGCGAAGUCCGCCCCCUGCGUCCUGGCCGCACACGCCUGUCUUCCACUUUCCUCAUCAGGGCCAUAGGAAAACUGACCUAGGUCAUCCCGGGACCUGUAAGAGUCCGACCAGGACGCCGAUCCAUCGUGACGACGGAGACCUGUCCAGGAGCGAGCCCUCCAGCGAUAUCAGAGAUCGACAUUCUCACCCGUUUUCGUUGCUGAACCCUACGCCCAUCAGGUCGCUGUCGGAAGUUCGACGACUCCACCGAUCAGCUGACGACAGUGUUCAGCUCAUGUCGUCCGAGUAAUGACUCGACCGGUUUGUCCGUUGACUUCGGACGUAGGUUUUUCGUCUGUGGAAGUACGAGACUUUCCUAACUGCGCCUCGAAUACGGCACGUCAGGGUGUAGAGAUUUUUCCUGCCCGAGAAAAUGCCAGCCGAGAUGGUGGAAAGAGCAACCCUGAAGUGGUUUCCAGAACGAGGCCCUAGUAUAUUAGGCGAUAUUGUCGGACCCGAAAAAUGCGGUAACACCAAUGUAAUUCCGGAUUUAUUGUCGUCCGGUAAGAUAGAGAGCAUUUAAUAAUUAUUCGUCUUCGAAGAUGUCAGGCCUGCGAAAAUACUCGAGGGGAUUUUCGACCACCAAAACCGAGAGUCGUCCCAAUCAAAAGCGAAAUUUAGCAAAAAGGCGAUUAAGCGAAUUGUCGAAGCGGGAAUAAAAAAAAAAAGCCCACUUUGAGGCGUUCGAUAAAACUCGUACGAAUUUUUGCGACAUUUUUGGAGGGUCGUUUUGCGCCUUAU